AUGACCUUGUGUUCUCAAUUUAUUCAACACCGUGAGUCGGUGUAUCCACAGAAAAUAAAGCAUGAGAAUUAUGAGACAGUUGUCCUAGGAGGAAAUGUGACCAUCUUCUGCAACUUGACAACUCUGGCAAAUGUUGAGCAAGUCACCUGGCAGAAAAUCCAAGGCUCCCUGCCACAAAAUAUUGGCACUUACAGCCAUAAAUUUGGGGAAAAUAUUCUCCCACCAUAUGUAAACAGGCUGCACUGCAAUAUUCUGGAACCCAAUGCCUCCUUCAUAACUAUCCAAGAAGUGACAUUUGAAGAUGAAGCCUGCUACAAGUGUCUGUUCAACACUUUUUCAUUUGGCAGCCACAGAGGACAAACGUGUCUCAACAUUCUAACUGUAUCUAAAUUAAUAACCAAACUCAGUUCUGUUACUGGCUCUGAAGAUCUCCUUAACCUUCAAUGUUCAGCUGUGGGAAAGCCUGCUCCCGGAAUCUCCAUUUACCCUUCCCAAGACCUAGUGUACUCACAAAAGGAGUUCUUUACUAAAAACCCGAAUACCACAGUGACUGUCACUAAAAUAUACAACAUCUCUUUGAAAACUGUGAGGUCGCUGGGUCUACAGGACGUAGUUGUGUCCAUGACUCACCCCAUAAGAGAUGAAGAGAAGAUAGUUCCUCUGCCAAUAAAUCAAGAAGGUACCACAGAUAAUAUUUUAAAUUCCAUGAUAAUUGCAAUUGUAUUAGUUUUAUUUUUCAUUCCGUGUGUCAUCAGAACUGUUCUCUGUUUUUAUUUCAAAAAGAAAAGGGGUUCUGGAAAAAUCCAUCAUGCAGAGGGUAGUGAAAGAAUACUUGUCACAUAUGCUUGA